AGCUCUCCCGCGCCACUGGUCAAUUGGCCCGCCGCAGCAACCAUGUCGACCAUCACAAGAACCCUGGGCAAUCUGCGCAAGAUUGGCCUGAAGGAAUACUGGCAUCAACUCAACUACAUCGGCGACACCAAGGCCGGCACCUUGAUCGGCACCGACAAGUUCGGCAACAAGUUCUACGAGAACAAGGACGAGCUGCCGCUCCGCACGAGAUGGGUCGACUACGCCAAGCACGACUAUGAUGCUGGCCACAUCGAGCCUCUGUGGCACGCCUGGAUCUCGUACGCCAUCGACACCCCGCCCAAUCAGGACCCCAUCAAGGCCACGGGCGACCGGCCCUGGAACCCCAAGGAACACGUUCCCAACUGGACUCUGAGCCGCGGCGCGUUCAAGACUUACAACACGACCAAGCCCAAGAUCCAGUCGUGGGAGCCUGUCGCUGCCCCUAGGUAAGCAGGGAGUGGAAGCGGGGCUGGAAGGGGGGGAGAAAAGGCAAUGUAUAUACGGACUGUGAAGAGAUCGAGGUUCAGUUGCCGCACCUUGCGGCUCUGCGAGGCGUGAGGACAACGGAAUAUCUCGUUUGACCGUCCAUGGACGGACCAACUCCUUGUGCUUUGAGCCGAGGCGGCAAGAAUUUGGACUCGGCGCUAUGCCUAGUCUGACUCUGUGCCAUGGUAUGUCGUCAAAUGGGGAUGCAAACACGAGCCGUUGUUGAACACGUCUUGCCUGAUUUCUCAAGGUAACUUCUCACGGGAAUAAAUAUCCAAAUCAUCGACUAUAUCCAAAGGCC